AUGGUGUCCUCCGAGCCGCUAAAAGCGAAUGAAGACGUACAUCCGGAGGCCCAUGACCCUGCAAAGGGAGACACAGAACAGAAAAAUAGGAAACAGGACUCAGAACAGGACGAACGGAAAAGGUUGGCGGGCUACAAACGCUCUCUCCGGUAUGUCAGGACGUUGGACUCGCGAGAUCCCGCGUCUUUGACCACCAGGGAAAAGCGUUUGCGGCGUAAACAUACCUACCACAUACAGAAGUAUGAGGCCAUGCUAAAUACUACUGUUGUGGAGGUAAGGCCAGCCAAGACUACGACCGAACCAAACCAGAGCAGGCAGGUGAUCACAUCUAAACGGCUGAAACCAUCAACUAGCUUAACAUCAGCACCUGAGCUACAAGUAGCCAUCAUAGAUCGUAGUCAACCUGAUGGGAAAAUGACUACGGACAGAUGGCUGCUUCUGGAGGAGAAGAUCUUGCGGGCACUAGUGGACGAACUCGCAUGCAGUGAGGAUGAUUCCUUCACUGCAUUCGACGGCGCCAAAUGGUUAAAGGGUGUCAAGAUCAUCGGGUGCGGUAACGAGAAGGCUCUAGGCUUUCUCAGUAACUGUAUCCGAGGAGUUGGCGAACUCUGGCCCAACGCAAGAAUCGAAAUCGUCCCACUGGAUCAAGUACCUUUUCGUACGACGGUGAGAGUGUGGGUCCCUCCUCCCCUUUUGGAGGACGAAGCCACGCUAACACUUAUAAAGCGUCAGAACAAGGAACUUGGUACAGAGGACUGGACGAUUGAACGAGGACGCUCUAGGGACAAAGGAGAAGGCAAGGAUCUCUGGAUCAAAAUUGGUUUAGAAUCCCUCCGACUCCUGCGUUCUUCUCAAGGCGUCAUCAAGUACGGGCUAAACCAACUCCGGUUGAUCUUGCCCGCGGUGAAUGAUAUUUAG